AUCUUGACACACUGGGCCAAACGAAGUAAAGAAGAAGAAAUUUCCAGUUCAGUUAUUUCUAGAGGGUAAAUACUGUAAAAUUUAUUUUCUUAAAUCAAAAUACCGAUAUGCCUAAAGUGGUUUCCAGAAGUAUAGCAUGUUCAGACACAAAAGACCAAGAAGAAUAUGGAGAUGAAAAACCUUUGCAUUUAUAUUAUUGCUUGUGUGGUCAAAUGACCCUCAUUUUAGAUUGUUCUAUAGAGAGAUUACCUCUACGAAAACGAGAUGGGGCCAGAGUUUUAGAUGGAUCAAAUCAUGCACACAAAAUUACGUGCGAUGUUGAUGAAACAGUGUAUCUAAAAAGAGCAGAAGGUAUUGAAAGGCAGUAUAGAUUAAAGUGUAAAAAAUGUGGUUUGUUGCUUUAUUACAAGCAUGACCCAGAAAGUGUUGUCAGUUUUAUUGUGCGGGGAUCAUUAAUUACUUCUACCACAGAAGGUCCAAUCACUGACAUAUAUAACCAAGUAGCAAUAGAAAAACCAAAGAAAAUUAUGGUCACAAAACACACUAAGAAUAUGGGUAAAUUUAGUUCAGUCACAGUUUCAACAAUUGAUGAAGAAGAGGAUGAAAUUGAAGCUCGAGAAGUAGCCGAUAGUUAUGCUAACAAUGCAAGAAUAAUUGAAAAACAACUUGAAAGAAAAGGUAUGAACAAGAGAAAACAGGAACAAAUCCGGUCCCAGCAAGAUAUAAAGAAAGUUCGUGGUACUUUAAUUGAUAAGUAGCUCUAAAAGAGGAAAGUA